AUGAUUGAGUCGGCCAAGACGCUCGGCCUGCCGAUCUCGUCGCAGCACCCUCGCUAUCUCAACGGCCGCGAAGCCCACACAGACGAGACCUGCCCUGUCGAAACCGACGGCAGAGCCCGUGUUCUCCGGCAACGCGCCGCUCUCCACGACGUGCAGAACCGCGUGCUGGUGUCGAUCGGGGUGGCCAACCGCGUGGUGUCCGGCUCCCGCGCCUCCUACGGCACCUACCCGUGGCAGGCGCAGAUCGAGACGUACAACGAGGCCGGCCACUUCGAGCACCACUGCGGCGGCGUGCUGGUUGGCUCGCGCUACGUGCUGAGCGCUGCGCGCUGCCUCAGACGCGCCCUCUCCGGGUUGCAGGUCAAGGUGGGCCAGCACGACCGCAUGGACGCCUCCGAGCCGUACGAGCAGGCGUUUGGCAUCGAGAAUGUGCCCUCGCGCCCCGAGUAA